CAAAGCUUUCAAUUUGGUAUUGGUUGCUUCCCUUUUCAGAUGAAACAACAUUUGGAAGAAAUAUCACAUACAAAGAAACAUAAAGUAUUGAAUGUGGUCAAUCCAUCGUUGCUAAAGAUGCGAAGCAGUUUAUAUUAUAGAUAUAUUGGCUCUUUAACGGUUCCUCCUUGUUCUCAGAAUGUGCUUUGGACCUUGGUUAGAAAGAUUAGGACUGUUGCACCCGAACAAGUAAAGUUGCUUCGCGUGGCCGUUCAUGAUGACUCGGACACUAAUGCAAGGCCUUUGCAACCUCUCAAUAAUCGGAAUAUUCAACUUCGAAUUAAAUCAAACAUAGAUGGAGGAGAAGAAUGAUUCAUAAACACAUACAUACGACAAAUAUUUAUUCGUCUUUCUUUCUCAAUACCAUGUUUUCAUUUCAGAUAUGAUAAACAUGUUAUGAUUUUUAUAAUAUACUCAACAAUAAAAUCAUUUUUUUAAUUUAAUAUUGAAUAUUAAUUAAUCUAUUUGAUAAUGAUGUGAUGUGACAGUCCUCAAAUUUCAGCAUAAGUUAGGGAACAUUAUUAAACUUUGCGGAA